AUGGGGAAUAAUUGUGUUCAUGCAAAGAUAUCAAAGGAUGGAUUCUUUAGCUCGUCUUGGUGGUCGCGAUCACCUGAAAUGAUCACGUAUGAGAAAAAGGAAAGUAGUUUUCAAGAAGGUCUUGAUGUUGUUCAGAGUAAUCCGCCUGAAUUGGCGAAGAUAGAGAGUAGGAAAUCGGAUGUAAAAGGGACUGAUCAGGUUAUGAUUAUAGUGACAGAUGAGAAGAAAGAUGCAUGGAUGAUGAAACAGGAAGAAAUGAUCACGAUAACUGUUGAUUUGAAACAUGAAAAGACGGACAAUGCAAAACCGAAGAAGCCUCAUAAUGUGAAGAGAAUGGCUAGUGCAGGGCUCCAAGUUGAUUCUGUUUUGAAAACCAGAACAGGUCAUCUAAAGGAGCAUUAUAAUCUAGGGGAAAAACUCGGGCAUGGACAAUUUGGUACGACGUUUCUUUGUAUAGAAAAGGGAACGGGGAAGAAGUAUGCUUGUAAGUCUAUUGCGAAAAGGAAGUUGUUGACAGACGAAGAUGUGGAUGAUGUACGGAGAGAAAUUCAGAUCAUGCAUCACUUAUCGGGGCAUCCAAAUGUCAUUUCAAUCAAAGGGGCUUAUGAGGAUACUGUUGCAGUUCAUGUUGUGAUGGAGUUAUGUACUGGUGGUGAGCUCUUUGAUCGGAUUAUUAAACGAGGGCAUUACUCAGAGAGACAGGCUGCUGAGCUUGCAAGAACAAUACUCGGGGUGGUAGAAGCUUGUCACUCUCUCGGAGUGAUGCAUCGUGACCUUAAGCCUGAAAAUUUUCUCUUUGUCAAUGAGGAAGAGGAUUCACCUCUUAAGACUAUAGAUUUCGGGCUUUCAAUGUUCUUCAAGCCAGGACAAAUAUUCGAUGACGUUGUUGGAAGUCCUUAUUAUGUUGCUCCAGAAGUUCUUCGUAAGCGUUAUGGUCCUGAGGCUGAUAUCUGGAGUGCAGGUGUUAUAAUUUACAUUCUUCUAAGCGGCGUUCCUCCAUUCUGGGGUGAAAGUGAAGAGGAAAUAUUUGAUGAGGUUUUACAUGGUGAUAUUGACUUCGAGUUAGAUCCUUGGCCUAAAAUCUCUCAAGGUGCGAAAGACUUGGUCAGAAGAAUGCUCAUCCGAGACCCCAAAAAGCGACUAACAGCACAUGAAGUUUUAUGUCAUCCGUGGGUGCAAAUUGAUGGCGUGGCCCCAGAUAAGCCUCUCGAUUCUGCAAUAUUUACGCGCUUAACGCAGUUUUCUGCUAUGAACAAGUUGAAGAAAAUGGCUAUCAGGGUUAUUGCAGAGAGACUUUCCGAAGAGGAAAUCGCUGGCUUGAAAGAGAUGUUUAAAAUGAUUGACACAGAUAACAGUGGCCAAAUUACGUUCGAUGAACUAAAGAUAGGAUUAAAGAAAUUCGGAACUAAUCUUAACGAAUCCGAGAUACGUGAUUUGAUGAAAGCUGCGGACAUUGAUAAUAGUGGAACAAUCGACUAUGGGGAAUUCGUUGCUGCAAUGUUACACGCCAACAAAAUCGAGAAGGAAGAUUAUCUGUUUGCAGCUUUCUCAUAUUUCGACAAAGAUGGAAGUGGAUAUAUUACAGCUGAUGAACUUCAAAAGGCAUGUGAGGAAUUCGGUAUUGAAGACGUUCACUUGGAAGAAAUAAUACAAGAAGCUGAUCAAGACAAUGAUGGACGGAUAGAUUAUAACGAGUUUGUGGCCAUGAUGCACAAAGGAAAUGCAGAUUUGGGUAAGAAACGCCUGCCAAAUAAUUUCAGCAUCGGAUAUAGGGAGCCGAUGGUGGCUUGCUGACAACGGAGGAUAUAGGGUGUAACGUAGGUUUGAUCAAGAUCCUAUACAUGCGUUAAGAAACUCAUUGAAUAUGUACAAAAGUUAAAUUCAGAACCCGAUUACUAGCACUUGAGGUCUUUGUUGUCCUAGAAUCCUGAACUCAUAAAGGUCAAAUCCUGAAUCCGCCUUUGUUUGUCGAUACAUGUUUUCAAGAUGUAUAGAAGUGUAGUAGGUUUAAACAUAACAUAUGAUGCUGGCUCAUAGCAAAUGCCAGCUCUUUUUUCAUAUAGUCUUGAGUUAUGGCUUAUUUGUUUUGCCAGUUCAAUGUUUAGUCCUAAAGAUAUAUACAACUAAUAAAAAAGAUAGGUUGUACUCUUUAGUAUUAUAUUUCAAGGAAGUAAUGGUAAUGGUUGUCAUCAAUUCUCC